AUGGAAACAGGCAACGUGACAUCAAUCACUGAAAUCUUUUUGCUUGGAUUUGUAUAUGACCUUGCUUUGGAGAUUGUCCUUUUCCUGGUUUUUCUUUUUGUGUAUAUAGUGACUGUGCUUGGGAAUGCCCUCAUCAUUGUGCUCAUCGGCAUUGAUUCUCGCCUCCACUCCCCCAUGUAUUUCUUCCUUAGCAAUUUGUCCUUCAUCGAGAUACUCAUGACAACCUGUGUGGUGCCGAAAAUGCUGGCCAAUUUGUUGUCCAAGAGAAAAAGCAUUUCACUUGCUGGUUGCUUUGCUCAAUCAUACUUCUAUUUCUUCAUGGGUUCCACUGAGUUCAUCCUAUUUGCCGCUAUGUCCUUUGACCGCUACAUGGCCAUCUGUUACCCACUUAGGUACCCUACACUCAUGACUGGGACUGUUUGUGUCAAGUUGGUGAUUGGCUCUUGGAUCGGUGGUUUCCUGUCUGUGUUCUUGUCAACAGUGCUGAAGGUGAGGUUGCCUUACUGUGGACCUAAUGUCAUCAACCACUACUUCUGUGACAGUGCCCCUCUGCUACAUCUUGCCUGUACGGACAUAAGCCUUAUUGAAUUGAUUGACUUUGUUGGUUCUUUACUUCUGCUGCUUGGGUCCCUUUCAUUCACUGCUACUUCUUAUGUCUACAUCAUUACAACCAUUCUUAAGAUUCCUUCUGCUCAGGGUAGGAAGAAGGCCUUUGCCACCUGUGCCUCUCACUUCACUGUUGUCUCCAUGGGCUACGGAAUCUCAAUUUUUGUGUACGUUAGACCAUCCCAGGCUGACACCAUGGGCAUGAACAAAGCAUUAGCUGUUUUCUCAGGCAUCUUGACUCCCUUGUUAAAUCCUUUCAUCUUCAGCCUGAGAAAUGAACAAAUGAAAGAAGCGUUUAGAGAUAUCCUAAGCAGAAUAGCUUCAAAAAUAAAGGACGGCUGA